AUCAAGUACGAGUAGCUCAAAAUCAGACCUCAUUGAUUCCAAAAAUAAGAAUAGUUGAUGUUAAAAGAAUGUCUAUUAUGUUCUUCUUGGAAUUAGUCAUUUUAAUUGGGUUUUUUAAAUAUAACGCAGUACGAGCAUCUGACACAUACCACAGCACGAAGACAUGUCUAACUCCAGAUAAUGUACAUGGAUAUUGCGUACCAAUGGCCAAAUGUGAACGAAUAACAUGGAUGAUAGAAAGUUGGGGUGAACCAUAUCCACCGUAUGUUGUGGAUUACAUUAAGAACAGUCAUUGUGGUAUAACCGGUAAUAUUCAUUAUGGUUGCUGUGCUAUUAAUGAUUUAAAAGGAUUUCAGCCUACACAUCAAGUUCCUACACAUCAAAGAACUACUAAUUACAAUGUGCCUGUGCUUCCAAUACCUCGCACCCCUACACAUCAAAGCACUUCUGAUUACAAUGGACCGGUACGAUAUCCCCCUCCACCUGACCCAUUUUCCUUUAACAAUCAACAUCAUUCAAUGAAUGGUUAUCAAUUACAUGGAAAUAAUUACUAUCAAUCAUCACUACCAGUUGGUGAGCAAAUCUUAAGUUCAAUGCCAUGUGGCCCAUUCGCUGGCCAUCGGAUCUCAAAUGGUGAAUUUGUGCGACUAUUAGAAUUUCCUUGGAUGGCUUUAUUGGAAUACGCUGGUGCUAAAACUCGUAAGCGUUUUAAGUGUGGUGGUACUUUGAUUACAAAUCGUUACGUGCUGACUGCAGCUCAUUGCGUCACUGGGGCAAGUGAAUUAAUAAGCGUCCGUUUAGGAGAACAUAACUUAAAUACUCAAAAUGAUUGUGAACGUUAUUUUAAGGACUCUGGUGACAUAUACUGUGCACCUAUAUAUAUUGAUGUGGGUAUUGAAAGAACUAUACCACAUCCUCAAUAUACAACACGUCCUAUUAGCAACGAUAUUGCCUUAAUCAGACUCAGUACUGCAGUACAGUUUCAGUCACAUAUAAAGCCAAUAUGCUUACCACGCGCUCCUUACGCCUUCAAUCAUGUUCCAGAAUCUCUCACAGUUAGCGGUUGGGGUGUUACAGAGCAAGGCUACGCAGCUGAUGUCUUAAUGAAAGCUAACUUACCUCUACAAAAUAACGCAGUUUGUCACAAUGCCUUUUUUCGGAGCAUAAAUAUAAAUCCCAAUCACAUAUGUGCUGGUGGCGUUGAUCACAGAAGUACCUGUCGAGGUGACUCCGGUGGACCACUAUUUGCACCAGUAAACUACAUAAAUAAUGAUGAUAUCCGUUAUGUACAAUUCGGUAUAACGUCAGCUGGGGAAUUAAGUUGUGGCGAUAGUAGUCAUAACUAUCCUGCUAUAUUUACACGAAUUUCGAAUUAUAUGGAUUGGAUACUCACCAAUAUAGUGUUAUAAUAAAAAUAUAAUUUAUAAAAAUAA